AUCUUGGGGGGUGUGGCAUUGCGGGGUAGACUGGGCUUGGGGGGCUUGCAUUGGGGAGAGUUAAAAGCGUGAGAUAUGAGCGUCAGGAUCGUGUGACGGCUCGCCUGAAGAAAGUGGCAAAUGGUGGUCUACGGGGCUCCGGCCCGUGCAGUGACUUGGAGUAAAAGACGUUGGCAGAUUAAAUUUAUACUGGCUACUGUACCUCAGCCGGCAUAAACCCGAUGGCCUCCUCUCAAAUACUGUAUAAACUUGGGAAGCUGGGCUAGCCACCCUAGAUAGCCCGUUGUAAAAAGUUUGGUGGCGUUUAGAGUUCAUUUCACACUCCACUAACCUGGACAUGUGGAAUAUGCUAUCGUACAAGGAGUAGGGAAGAUAGCGCCAGGUUGGACUAGAUGCAGCCAUCAGAACCUACCAUCGAUCGGGUUAGGUUGGUAGGAGCGUCUGCUUCAAUCGAUGGCCCUAUCUCCGAUGAGAAAAACAAAGAUUUCCCUGGUUUAUCGCGGAGUCUCCCAUUGUUGGGCAGCACGGAGGCCCCAAUCCCACUCCAUUCCUGGCGAGUACGUGCAGAAAAGGCGUCCAAGGAUACUCACCUCUCCAGAUCACAGCCACGUAGCGCAGCUACAAUCUACCUAAGAGUAGGUGAUAUGUGACAUGCCCUUUGCCCAUCGCCUCGGCCCGGGGGUGGUUCUGGUGCAAGUACAUGAUAAAAAUCACACUUUAAUCCCAUGAGAGAGGGAGAACAUUGGCCAAGUAUGAUUUGAUUACCACAGCCUUCGGAACUUCUUAUAAAUCGUCCCGCCUUUUCCCCACCCCAAUCAUUGCCCUGGGUUAGGGUUUUUAGUCAAUUCAUUCCUUGAGCAAAAGGUGUUAAAUCAUAGCUCUUGAUUAUGUACAAAAUAUGAAGAUCCGACUGUCCAAGGGCACUUUCUAGCUUCGAGUACGACACAGAAGCUCUCAGGUAACUUAUCACAUGACUUGAUACAUUUUUACCCCUCACCUGUCUAACCCCCGAUUACUCGGGAUUAAGGAAAGUUUCAACUCUGAAAAUUCCCGACAUCCCGCCACCCCCACCUUCAACACAACCACCAUUUUCGCAAUCUCUCUACAAUGGCCCUCCGACCACUCCCCUUUCUCAGGCUCACCCGCACAUACGCCAGUAUCGCCUCCCCCUCCCCCUCCACUUCAAUACUCACCGAUAAACCCCUACCACCCCCAACCCUCCCAGGUUUAUCACCGACGCAACCACGAACCGUCAAAUCGCCGUACACCCGAAAAACCCAACUCCACAGAACAUACCUCUCCCUCCUCCGUUCAACGGGCCUAAUGAUCUUCUUCCAGCACAACAACCUCCGCGCGAUGGAAUGGGUAGCGCUCCGUCGGGAACUCCUCUUCGGCCUACGAAAGCUCGACCCGACAUCUACGCUGGCGGAAGGGACCCGUAUCAUGGUGCUAAAGCCAGCCCUUUUCGCCGCGUCAUUGCGUGUGGCGGAGGGGUACGAUCCGCAGCACAAGCGCAGCUCGGAACCCGGCGGCAGUAAAAUAAUCGCGAAGGAGGUCGAAAAGCUCAAGGAGACGCACCCCCUCUCGCCCGUGCUCACGGGUCCGGUUGCCGCGUUGAGCUUUCCGAGCGUGGAGCCGGCGCACUUGAAGGUUGCGCUUGAUAUUCUGUUUCCGCUGAAGAAUCCAAAGAAGGGGUUAGAUCCGUUGGCCAUCAGCGGACUACAGAAGCUUGUGCUGCUGGCUGGGAGGGUCGAUGGACAUAUUUAUGGGGGCCGGUAUGGGGAAGGGAGGGUGAUGGAUGUCGACCUAAUCCGCGUGUUGGCGCUGUUGCCGGAUAUUGACACCCUCCGUGGGGAGUUGCUGGCUAUGUUGAGGGGCGCUGGCGGCGCGGACCUGAUUAUGAAUUUGGGUAAUAUUGGGGUUGGCUUGACGAGGACUGUGGAUACGUAUAGGAAGAUGCUGAGCGGGGAGUUAGACUCGGACGGGAAGCCGGUUGAGACUAAGGCUGAUGGCGAGCAGGAGAAGUAGCUGAUAUGUCAGUCUUUGUUCUUAUACAUUCUAUAGAUUUUGUAAAUAUCCAUAUUAGAUGGAAUCUUAACUAGA